AUGCCUAUCGUCGAACGUGAACUCGCCGGGUGGCAACUUGCCUCCUCCUCGCCCAAGACCGGCACCUCCAUCUCCUCCUUCUCCCUCGAGUCGUCCCCCGAGGCCAUCUUUGGCGGCUUCAAGUGGACGCUCGACUUCCCUCUCUCCAACGCCUACCGCACCAUCCUCACUGGCCCCGACCGUCCGCGUCCGCCACAUGACAAUGUCAUCCUCCGGUCCAAGCCCGUCGACUUCAAACUCACCUCCCUCGACGCCAAGGCGUGCACCGCGACUUUCGACUUCCCCUCGGCUGGUCCGGCCGAGAUGGACGGCGCGGACGACAAGAAGCGCUUCUUGAAGCUCGACUGGUCCUCAUCCCUCGUGCUCUCCUCUUGGGAGUUUACAGACUCUUCCUCGGCGCCCGUCCGGAUCCUGCAGGACCUACCGAACCGGUCGUACGGGCUCUCGGAGCACGGCGUCGCCCGCCGCUGGUAUAUCCCCCUCAACAACCUCCAUCUUGGCGGCGGAGAGCGAGGGGGUCCUAUCGACCUCUCACAGCGGGCGUUCCAGAUGCACGGACAGGACUCGGCGCACUAUGACGCGUAUGAGGGUGACCCGCUGUACAAGCAUACCCCAUACCUCAUCUCCACGCCUCGGCCGACCGACGACGGCAAGGCGCCGGUCUCGACCUACGCUAUCUUCCACGCUACCAACAGCUUUGGAAUUUGGGACGUUGGGAAGCAGCACGAUGAUCCGAGUGGGUACUUCAAGAGUUACACCCAGGACUUUGGCGGGAUUGAGGAGUGGGUGUUGGUGGGUAAGGGGGUGCCGCAGGUGGUGCGGACAUGGGGAGAGAUUGUGGGCAUGCCGAAGCUGGUCGGAAGGGAUUGGCUGGGGUAUCUUGCAUCCGGGAUGGGUCUCGGAGAGACAGAUGAGCCGAAAGCCCAGUAUCUGCUCGAAGGCUGGCCAGAGCUUUGUAAGAAGCACGAUAUCCCCUGUUCCGCCAUGCACCUCUCAUCAGGCUAUACUGCGGACCCCAAAACAGGCGACCGGCUCGUCUUUACUAUGAACAAGGAGCGGUACCCUGAUUUCAAGAGUAUGGUUGGGGUCUUCCACAAGGCUGGAAUCAAGGUCGUGCCCAACAUCAAGCCUUACAUGCUGGCCAGUCACCCACACUACGAGCGCGUGCACAAAGCGGACGGUUUCUUCCACAACCCGCACACUGGCAAGUCGGUCGAGGUGCGCAUCUGGUCUUCCGGAGUGGGGACGACCGCGCCGGGUGGAUGGAGCGACUUGACGAGUAUCGAAGGGAGGGCGUGGUGGGCCGACGGUGUCAAGAGUCUGAUCGACCUCGGUGUCGAUGGGAUGUGGAACGAUAACAACGAGUACUACCUCCGAGAUGACUUCUUCUUGGCCAAAAACGAGGCGCCGCAUGAGUUUGCUUCACCAAUCGAGGGGAAGCAGAAUGUCGGUCUUCUGGGGAGAAUGAUCAAUACCGAGAUGAUGGCCAAAGUCAGUAAUGACACCCUCGCCGCCGAGCUGCCCGACCGGCGUACAUACGUCCUCACCCGAUCCGGGAACGUCGGGACUUUCAAAUACGCCUGCUCCACCUGGUCCGGCGACAACUAUACCAGCUGGCACAACAUGCGCGGCUCUCAGCCAAUGCAGCUGAACGCCGGUCUCUCUCUUCUGACAGCGUACGGUGCGGACGUUGGCGGGUUCGGCGGACCUCUGCCCGACCCAGAGCUGUUUGUCCGUUGGGUCCAGUUGGGCGUGACGCACAGUCGUUUCUGUAUUCACAGUUACAAGCCGAACAAGGAUGAUCCGAGCGGUGCGGCCGCGACUAAUCUGCCAUGGAUGUACCCCGAGAUGCUGCCUAUCGUCCGGAAAGAGAUAAAGUGGCGAUACGAGUUCCUCCCCUUCUUCAAUUCGCUCAUGUGGGGUUCUCACCUGCACGCGGUAGCGACCAACCUGCCCCUCUUCUACGGCCCCUUCGCAUCCGACCCUGAGCUCUACACCGAGCCCCUUCUGAAAGGCUUUGACGCAUGGAUCGGUCCCGGCCAGCUCCUAUCCUGCCCCGCCCUCUUCCCCGGUAUGCUCACGCGCGAAGUUUACUUCCCCAAAUCAUCACCUACCGACACUUCCCUCUACUUUGACUUGCACGCGCCCUUCCGGUCCUACGCCGCCGGCACGCGCGCCACUAUCGCUACCCCACUCGAACACUUUGGGCUGUUUGCGCGCGAAGGUUCCGUCAUUCCGGUAGGAAAGGACUAUCAUACCGUCACGCAAGAGAAAGGUCCGGCGCGGACUACGCCGGACGGCGUAAAUGUCCAGCUGGAGAGCGAGGGAGGUGUGGUGGGAUUGGACGAUUGGCGCGGGGCGCUCAUCUUCCCCGGCAAAGAGGGCAAGGAGGAGGCCGGGAGGUGGAUCGAGGAUGAUGGGAUUUCGAUGAAGCCGAAGAAGAGCGUGGUGGAGGUUACGUACAAGGGAGGGAAGGAGGAGGUUGAGGUCAGUGCGAGGUGGGAAGAGCAUGGGUUCCCGACGCUCUGGGGAAGCACGGUAUGGGUCGCGUUACCCGAGGCGGACGUGAGGGUCGUCAAGGGCGCAAAGGAGGGCAAGUGGAAGGGGAGGAAAGUAUGGGCUGUGGAGGUCAAGUAG